AUGUCUUCGAUUCCCAAAUCCACCAAGGCCUGGACUGUCCAUGGCGCCAAUGGUUUUGAUAGCUUAAAGCUCAAUGAACAAGUCCCCGUCCCGGAGGUCUCGGAUUAUGAGGUUCUAGUCAAAUUCCACGCAGCCUCACUCAACUACCGUGAUCUGAUCAUCCCCAAGGGCCUGUACCCCUUCGCUCUAGCCGACGACGUCGUCCCUGGCUCUGACGGAGCUGGCGAAGUAAUUUCGGUCGGUUCAAAAGUAACGCGCUUCAAGCCCGGCGCCAAAGUCGUCACUCUCUUCAACCAAGGCCAUCUCGGCGGCUCCCUCAACCCGCAAACCUACGCCACCGGUCUGGGCGGCGUUAUCGAUGGCACGCUCCGCCAAUACGGCACCUUCAAUGAAAACGGCCUAGUCGAUAUGCCGCCCUCGCUAAACUGGCACGAAGCCUCGACGCUUUCCUGCGCCGCGCUCACGGCUUGGAACGGGCUUUAUGGUCUCAAGCCCGUGAAACCCGGCGACGUGGUACUCACGCAGGGUACGGGCGGAGUGAGUAUUUUCGCAUUGCAGUUUGCGAAGGCGGCGGGCGCCAAGGUUAUUUCUACGACGAGCUCGGCGAAGAAGGCGGAGGUUCUGAAGAAGUUGGGCGCGGAUGAGGUUAUCAAUUACAAAGAGUUCACGGAGUGGGGCGAAAAAGCCAAAUCGCUCACCGCUGGUGGGGAGGGAGUUGAUCAUAUUAUUGAAGUUGGAGGGUCGACCACUAUGGAGCAGAGCUUGAAGGCUAUCAAGAUUGAUGGUGUUAUUUCGGUUAUUGGCUUCUUGGGUGGAAAUGGUGAGAAAGAGCCGAGUUUUCUGGAAGCGUUGCUCAAGCUUUGCACGGUUAGAGGCAUACUUGUUGGGAACAGGAUCCAGUUUGAGGAGAUGAAUAGGGCUAUUGAGAUCAAUAAGAUUAAGCCGGUGGUGGAUGAGAAGGUAUUUUCGCUUGAUGAGUUGAAAGAGGCAUACCAAUAUAUGUGGGACCAGAAGCAUUUUGGAAAGCUUACAAUCAAAAUCGAAUAA